AGUGCAAUUUUCCUUAAUUGGAGAGGUUUGUUUCCCUACAACACGCGGAUUAGAUGUCCUGUGGGCCCCUGACCUGCCAGAAAGGGUUUGAAGAUACGGAUGCUAAGAUGUAACGGCUCUUCACUUGUUAAUAUGCGAUCGGUUCCCCAACCCAAGUGCCAUGUCCGCUCUCCUAUUCUGGCUUGUUUUCUUCUAGGCUUUUCUUUUCUUCCUGAAAAGCUAGCCAAAAAUGUCUUCAUUCAGCUUGUAUUUGCAUUUGCUGUUUUUCAGAUCAAGUACGCAAAGGGGGAUCUCUUUUCAUGCCCCAGCACGGACUCGUUGGCUCACUGUAUCAGCGAGGAUUGUCGCAUGGGGGCCGGCAUAGCCGUGCUGUUUAAGAAAAAGUUUGGUGGCGUAGAAGAGCUCUUGGAUCAGCAAAAGAAGUCUGGGGAGGUAGCAGUUCUGAAGAGAGAUGACCGAUAUAUUUACUACUUGAUUACAAAGAAGAAGGUCUCCCAUAAACCAACCUAUGAGAAUAUGCGAAAGAGUUUAGACGCCAUGAAGACUCAUUGUUUGAACAAUGGGGUUACUGAUAUUUCUAUGCCUAGGAUUGGAUGUGGACUUGACCGCCUGGAAUGGAGUAAGGUUUCAGCGAUACUUGGAGAAGUAUUCGAGGACACGGACAUAAAGAUCACAGUUUACACCCUCUGAACAAAGGGGCCUUUAUGGGGAUGGUUGUCUUAUUUCUCCUGUUUUGGGGAGAGGUGAUUUGUUAAUUGAUGGAUGAGGAAUGGCUGCAUAUGAGGCACAGCCCAGUCCUCUCUUUCCAGGUAUAACUCAUUGUUGGGUUCAUGUUUUUCAAUGGAAGGUAGCUAUUCUCUGAAAACAGCUAGUUUGGAAUAUGGUGUGCAGACUUCCAGUGAAGAAGUAAAGUAUUUAAUAUUAAUCUUCAGGGUCAUGUAUAUCCCGCAGGGAUUCUCACCUGCGAGUUGCACAGUGAGUCACCUGAUGUCACUGUUCCUCUGUUGCCCCAUCUGCUAAACACUCUAUUGAAAAUGGUUAUUGUAUGUGGCUGUAUAAACUCCUUUGGCAUUCUUAAUAUUUUGGGUCUUUGGAACUGAGUUUGUAUGUGUUUUACAGAAUGGGUGGGUGAAGAAUUAUGUAGCCCUGUCGUUUUGAUUUAAAGUUUUACAGUGUUCAUGUCAUCAAUGAGGCUUGUUUUCCUUUGUCUGUUGAAUGAUUAAAAUUAAAGUAUUCUUUCAAACAGAA